GUUGGGCGUUUGUUCUCCCGCCUCCACGCUACAGCCCACAACACCAGCACCAGAGAGGAGGAAACAUGGAGAAUGGUCUGGCCGCAACCGGAGACACAAAGCUGGACCAGGCCGUUCAGACCUGGCUGAAAUACGACAAGAAUCCAAAGACGGUAUCUCUGGUAAAGGGCCUGCUGAAGGAAGGAGCAGUGGAUGCUCUGCAGAAAUGUUUCUCUUCCAGGAUGGAGUUUGGUACAGCAGGCUUGAGGGCGGCCAUGGGCCCUGGCAUCGCCUGUAUGAAUGACCUCACUAUCAUCCAAACCACACAGGGGUUCUGUCGUUACCUGGAGCAGUGCAUUGGGAACCUGAAGGAGCGAGGGGUGGUGAUCGGGUAUGAUGCCCGUGCCCACCCUGACAGCGGGGGUAGCAGCAAGCGCUUUUCCAGCCUGGCUGCAGCUGUCUUCAUUAGUCAAGGGGUGCCUGUCUACCUCUUCUCUGACAUCACACCUACACCCUUUGUGCCUUUCACCGUCUCCCACCUGGGUCUGUGUGCUGGUAUCAUGGUGACCGCCUCUCACAACCCCAAACAGGACAAUGGCUACAAGGUGUACUGGGAGAAUGGCGCCCAGAUUGUGUCGCCCCACGAUAAAGGCAUCUCCAAGGCCAUUGAGGAGAACCUGGAGCCAUGGCCUGAGUCCUGGAACACAGAGGACGCCUUGAAGAGCUCUCUACUUAAAGACCCCUACCAGGACAUCCACACACAAUACUUUACAGCCAUCCAGAAACACUGCCACCACAGGGACAUCAACAAGAGCUCGGAGGUGAAAAUUGUGCACACAUCCGUCCAUGGUGUAGGCCAUGAAUUUGUCCAGUCUGCAUUCAAGUCCUUUGACCUUCAUCCUCCAUAUGCUGUAGAAGAGCAGAAAGACCCGGAUCCUGAGUUCCCCACUGUCAAAUAUCCCAACCCUGAGGAAGGGAAGGGAGUCCUGACCUUGUCAUUUGCCCUGGCAGAGAAAGAAGGAGCCACCGUAGUCUUGGCUAAUGACCCUGAUGCUGAUCGACUAGCUGUUGCUGAGAAGCAAAAUAAUGGACAGUGGCGUGUCUUCAGUGGCAAUGAGCUGGGAGCUCUGCUUGGCUGGUGGAUGUUCAGCUGUUGGAAACGUCAAAACCCCGACCCUGCUGCUGUGAAGAAUGUCUACAUGCUGGCAAGCACCGUCUCAUCGAAGAUAUUGCGAGCCAUCGCUGUCAAGGAGGGUUUCCAUUUUGAGGAAACGCUUACAGGUUUCAAGUGGAUGGGUAACAGAGCAAGGGACCUAUUGGACCAAGAAAAGACUGUCCUCUUUGCCUUUGAGGAAGCCAUAGGGUACAUGUGCAGUCCCUCUGUACUGGACAAAGAUGGAGUGAGUGCUGCAGCCAUAGCGGGAGAGAUGACUUCCUAUCUGGCCAGUAAAAAAAAAACCCUUUCCCAGCAACUCACUGCUAUCUACGAAGAGUAUGGCUACCACAUCACUAAGAACUCCUACUUCAUCUGCCAUGACCAGGAGGUGAUCCGCAGCCUGUUUGAGCGCCUACGUAACUUUGGUGACACGAAAGACUCCUACCCCACUGAAUGUGGAAGAUUCACCAUCACUGCUUUACGAGACCUGACCACCGGCUACGACAACAACCAGCCAGACAACAAGGCAGUUCUCCCCACCUCCAGCUCCAGUCAGAUGAUUACAUUUUCCUUCUCAAAUGGGGGUGUGGCCACCAUGAGGACCAGCGGCACUGAGCCAAAGAUCAAAUACUACACUGAGCUCUGUGCUGCUCCAGGAAACAGUGAUUUGACACAGCUGCAGAAGGAAUUGGAUGACCUGGUUAAUGCCAUUAUUGAAAACUUCUUCCAGCCGCAGCAGAACAAAUUGCAACCGAAGCCGGAGUAACUCCGACAUACAUUCAUAACACUAGGAAAUGGGAGUGGUUGUUCUAUGACUUGGAUCGCUUGCCAGCUCUUCAGAAGCUGCCAUUACAAAGUGUGGAGGAGAUUGAUUUAUUACAGGCUUGAGUUAGAAUAUCUUCUCAAGCUUUCUACAACAGUUAAAAUGCUUGUUGCACUGUUGCCACCUAACAACAACGCAGCGGUACUUAUCCUGUUAAGAAUUUGCCUUCAGAAUUAUUUGGCUAGGACUGACCGCCUCUAACCUCCUCUGUGGUUUGCCCAUCCAUCUUUUUUGGUGGUGGCAUAAACUCUCUGUAUAACUAGCAACCAUGACAGUUUGGAUGCCGGAUCUCCUAUAAGUCUUAAUCAUUCUAGCUUGUUGGGUGUCAAGACGAACGCACAAACUAAAAAAUAAACACAAGAUGGGAGAAUUUCAAGGAUUUCACACUUAGGGCAGAUAAGUUAGUCAGAUGAAAUGAUACUAAUGAUUCCAGUUGGACAUUCUCCCCAAUUCUCUGCGAGGACAUUGGAGGCAUCUCAUGGAAAAGAAAUUAACCUGGGCAUUCCACCAGCCAUCAUUCCGGUUAUCUUGAGGGAAAUUUGGCAUCGUGUCAUGUCAUUUGAGCGAGGCUUAUUAUUGCCCCCUGCACAAAGUACACCAGUGUCAGUAUCAUGCCUUUUAAUCAAUAUCUUCUUACACGCCAUCUAAGAAACGUGAUUAGAGCGGAAGAAUAUUGCUCACCGCAAAGAAUUCAAACCAACUUCAGCAUCAAAUGUGAGAUGAAUGAAAAGCAAACAUGCACAUGGUGAAAUUCUGGGAUCUGAAACGUGACACCAAACCACUUAACAUAUUACUGCAGACGUUACACAGCAUAUAUACUGUGAGAUUAUACAUUCCACCGUGCUCGAGCUUCAUCUGUAAGAUUACUUGCCACAUGUUUGAUGAAAGUUAAACUGAUCUGAAAUCAAAAGAAUGUGCUUUAGACUGCAACUGAGGAAUGUUGAGUGUUACACUGAACGAAACUUGGAAUAAAUGUUAAA